AUGGGCGCUCUCAGUGCUGAAUUCAAACGCUCGCAGGUCCUCCCGGCCCGAAUCAUCAGGUGUCCGUGCUGCUAUGGAGAGUGCUCGCCCUAUGCAGCUUUCUGCGGCAAGUGUGGGGAGCCCAUGCUCGGAGAUGCGAAGGUUGGAUAUUGGACUGUAGACGAGGCGAAGAGUCAACAGAUCUCGAACUAUCAGGUGCACACACCGACAGCUUGGAACAUCUUCGUGCGGCCCUUGCUCUGUCCUCAAUGCAGUCGCGAUGAUCGGAGAAACGCCGACAUUGGAAUCAACCAAGAAAGGCAAAGCAAGGUGGAGGAGGUAUGCCCGAACGUUGUCGGGGCAGCCGUGCACGUCGGGGCGGAGCCGGUGAAGGCUAGCGGGAGCUUGAGAGAGUUCCUUGUCAGAUGGAUGAUGGAGGGGGCCUCGAUCACGAUGACUUUCAACAGGCAGCAGGCCAUCUGCUCGGUAGAUUUGCAAACUGGUGACAUCCUCACAACAAACCCCAUCAAGAUCUUGUCGGUGCAAGAUGUCGAGGCCUGGCUUCCUUCAGAGGCGUCACUGUACUUGCGGGGGAAUGAGGUCCUCUUUCACUGCAAACAAGAUUCAGACGAGGUCGUCAAGGCAAUCCAGUGGCCGUCAGCGAGCUGGGAGGACAUGCAGGUCAAGGAGCAGAUCCUGUCCCUCCGCAAACUUUACCCUGGGGAGAGGUGGAACGAGGCUAAGGACAGUUGGGUGAAAAUCCCCUACGCUGGGACGGGGGAAAAUGUCGGGCCCUGCCUGAGGCUUUUUGCACCACGACAAUCGGAAGCAGGGCGACGCAUUCUGGCAUCUCGUGAUGAGCAGUACAGGAUAAUGGACAACUUUCUUGUCCCAUGA